AGAUUUCAGCGCACGCACUGACGGCUGAUCCGCCAGUACACAGGGACAGAGAGAGAGAGAGCUGCAGCUACACCGCUCGGACAGCACCAUCAGAUGGCUCGGCUGAAACUUGGUGCAAAGUGAAGUUGAGAGUUGACUUGGGUUUUGUUAUUCUCGGUUUUGUUGCUUAACCGACUUGAACGAUGCCAAACACCACAGGAAUGAGUCGUGUUUUGAUUUUGUUAUAAAUACUUAUUUGAGAAUAUCAAGCAAGAAAAAGUUUGAAAGGAGGACAGCUGCAAGACCUUAAGUAGCCUACCAAAAGUGGUCUUUUUUUAUCUUCUUGAUUCAUAUUUGGAUUUCAUUGUGGGGGAAAAAACAUAUUAAAGUUAAAGUAGGUCUGCAUGAAAAAUGGAAGAGGAACAACAGUGGAGAGCUACCGGUCACCCCAAAGUGCGGAGGACUUGUGACGACAAGGACGCUUGCAAGAAGCCGCUUUGGAGAAACUUUGGAGAUUUUGCCGGCCUGACAAUUUGUAUAAUUUUAAGCCUCUUGUCUCUGGGAGUUUGCAUGGCGGUCUUUCUGCGGACGUCGGAAUUGCAGUCACGGAUAUUCAGCCUGGAGCAGCAGCGGGACUCGCAGGUCACCGCAUGGAUGUCCUCGGAGCAGGUGGAACCCGUUAUCCUGGCCCGUCUUGACCGGAUUCUGGAAGAGAAACUCGCAGCUCGGCUGCCCAAGACACGGCAGGCCCGCGAUGUGCCCCACAACUGCCUCUGUCCUCCAGGACCUCCAGGUCCUCCGGGACGAGCAGGCUUUCCGGGUGACAAGGGAGGUCUGGGAAUACCUGGACGGAUGGCUUUAAAAGGACACGGAGGGGAGAAGGGUGCACCGGGCGAGCCUGGGCUGUCCAUCAUCGGGCCGAGGGGACCUCCUGGCCAGCCAGACCGCGGGUUCCCAGGGUUUCCAGGUCCAAUCGGGUUGGAUGGCAAGACUGGACAGAAUGGACAGAAGGGUGACAUGGGUCAGAAAGGGCUGACGGGGCUCCCAGGUGACCAUGGACCUAAAGGAGAGAAGGGUGUCUGCGGAGACUACUCACACAGGAAGCGACGUAUUGUACAGCCGUGUGCUGGACAGUUAGCCACAGUAAGUCUGGUCGUGUUCUGCGCUGUGCUGCACAGCUCUCUUUGUGGCAAGGCUGUCUUCCACUUGAUCUCCACUGUGUUUCGACCUAAAGGCCGGUUAGGGUGGUGUGCUGUCUUCUCUGUGCCAGGACAGAAUACCUUGUUUGGAGACAAAGCAUUGCACUGUGGAAAAGACAUGGUGCCGGAGUUGGCAACACUUGCUGAUCCAGGGCUACUGUACGGCGUGAUUACACUGCGCCUGGAUCACGGCCAGCCAGUCCUCCACUUGAAAGUCCUCAUAAUGCAGUGGAUCGGCGUGGUGGUGCUGUGUUGCGUGGCAUGGUCCAUCAGCGGGCCCCGCGCGCAGAUUGUAACUGUAGGUCUCUCAGCAGGCGAGACCAGGAGCCCAGGGCCCCCCGGGGACCUCCCGGGCUCCCGGGACCCCGGCCUGAGCGGAGUCAGCGGCCCACCGGGAAAACCUGGCGAAGCCGGGAAGCCAGGGAAAGAUCCAAGGUUAAUACCAGGAAUGAAGGGUGAAGCAGGAGUACCAGGGCAAAGGGUGACCAAGGAGUCGUUGGCCCGGUCGGUCCUCAAGGCCUACAGGGACGAGCGGGAGAAAGGGUAUCCCUGGAGGGAAGGGAGAGCAGGGCGCAGGCGAGCUCUGCUGGCAAAGGGAUUAAAGGAGAAGCCCGGAACUCCAGGAAUAAAUGGUCUAUCGGGGUCCAAGGGCGACAAAGGAGACCAAGGCAUUAAGGGGGAGACAGGAGCUGAAGGCCCAUUGGGACCAAGAGGUCCGUCAGGCCCAAUCGGAGAGCCCGGGAAGUCAGAAAUCCAGAACAACGACAACGAUAUCCGCAACAUCCCCCUAAUGGGCCCACCCGGACUUCCUGGACCCCCUGGGACAUCAGGAAACAAGGGGGACGUUGGCCUGCCUGGAGCCCCGGGACACGACGGAGAGAAGGGUCCCCGGGGGAAGACAGGAGAGUCGGGACCAACAGGCCCGGCCGGCCCAGAGGGUCCCAGGGGGGAGAGCGGUGUCGCAGGCUUCUCAGGAAUCAAGGGAGACAAGGGCGACAUGGGUCUCUCUGGAUCGCCUGGGCCCAAAGGAGAGCCAGGGGACGGAGGAAGGGCAGAGCUGAUCUUUGGGCCACCUGGGCCACCCGGACCAGUGGGUCCAGCAGGGCCUCAAGGACAUUCGGGGCCUAAGGGAGAGCCGGGCAUUGGAAUGAGAGGGGAGAAGGGAGCUUCUGGUCUGAAAGGAGACAGGGGUGACCGUGGCCAUCUUGGACUUCCCGGUCUUAUAGGACCGUCAGGUGUGCCAGGGCCAGCAGGACCAAAGGGAGAGAGAGGAGUAAAGGGAGAUGGAGGUGUACCGGGACCAAUCGGAGCUCAAGGCCUCCCUGGUUUAGUAGGACCACUGGGACCCAAAGGAAACCGGGGAGAGAGGGGCAAGAAGGGCAUCAGGGGCCCCAAGGGGCAUAGGGGAGACCAAGGAGCGCCAGGAUUAGAUGCCCCCUGUCCGUUGGGAGACGACGGCUUACCUGUACCGGGCUGCUGGAACAAAGGUCAACAUCCCUUCCAGCUGGCCAGAUAGACAAGCUGAGACCUUCUCAGCCUCUCUCUCUCUCUCAUCGCGGCCAACAGGAAACAUGAGGACGUUUGGAGAAAUCUCUGGAGUUGUUUCAGCCCGAGGGUUGCCCACUUUCAUAGAUGUUUUCCAUCAGCUUGACGCCGGGCCAGUAAGUUGAGGCAGGCGAAAGGGGGCGAAGUGACUAAGAGACUAAAGACUAAAAAGUAGUGAAUAGUUGUUCCACCUCCUCCCCUAUCAAGCCCUUCAGUUGCCUCCUUUGCUGGUGACGCCAACACAGCAACGAGGAGUAAACGAAGAGCGUAGUCCAUCUAGAAUGCUCUGCGUUGUUUCACUUCACUGAUAUGGGAGGAAUACGUCACCAGUUGUUCUUGAUUUUCUGUUUCAUACACGCACCAGCUCUACUGUCCCUGUGAUAUAAGAAUUCAGAGCAGCUCGCAGGACAGAUAGAUAUCAUUUCUUUAUGCUCUUGUGUUUCCACGAGAAAGCCAGCGUACUAUUGGAUACACUCUUUGAUGAUUCCUUAUUAAUGUUAUCCAAAUCACUGCCAUCUCAAAGCCUCCUAACCCGAAGCUAAGUCGCUACCAUAGCUUGCCAGACUCUUUGAAACCUGCAUUGUAACGUUACACUCUAGUGUACACACACCUAGUCAAAGAUAACAUCCUAGUUAGCUCCCAGUUACUCAAAGUGUUCAAGGUCAUCAGACAUAUGUGGUGGUGGUGUUGUAAUUAAUGUACAAUAUAAGAGAAAACACUUUUCUUUGUAAAUCCUAUUUGCUUGUUGUAUAUAGAUUAGUCAACUUUGUUAUAUUCAUUUCAUUUAGCAAUCAGAAUGACCAUUACCAUAACCUAACCCUAGCCAUGGGCAGCAUUAAAAAACACAUUAUAUGAUUAUUUAUUUUAGUUAUCAGAUAUAUGUUUUUGAAUGAUUUUUGAAGAUUUCUCUCAAAUGAAACACACACUAAAGCCUGACUUGUCUUUUUGACAAAUGAUGUCAUUAUAAAGUAUAAGUACCUGUACUAUAUCAUGUCAUUCAGUCCUAUUACAAUUUACUUGAUUUGAAAUGAAAUCAAGUAAUUAUCUAUCUUUUCAAUCAAUCUAUAGUCUAAUAUUUAUCAGACGAAAAACAACCCUGUUCUAUACCGUUAGAAGUUAUAUAAGUUAUACACAAACUUUCCUGUUUCAUUCAACCUAAUGAGCGGAAUCAUUCCUUACGUCGUCGUGACAACUGCCUUGUAAACAGACGGAGAACACAGCCGUGUGUAUUUAUUCUUCACUGUGUUUUUAUUUUAAUUUUCUUUAUUUCCAGUUUGGG